AUGCCUCCCCCGCCACCGAACAGGCGUGAGCAGCAGCAGGCCAUGGCUGCCCCAAGCUCAGCCGACAAAUCGGAAACCGGUGCUGGCGCUGCCCGCAAGGAGGACAACAUCUACAUACCAUCCUAUAUCAGCAAACAACCAUUCUACGUCAGUGGCCUGGACAAUGAAGAAGGGGACUCCCUUCUCCAUCAGCGUGCCCGGCAACAGGAGGAAGAUAAGGCUGCGCAAGCCGCCGCGCUUCUCGCCCGGGGCAAGAAGGCCGGUCCGGCGAGGACAAAAUGGGUCAAGGGCGCGUGCGAGAACUGUGGCGCGAUGGGCCACAAAAAGAAGGACUGUCUCGAGCGGCCACGCAAGUUCGGCGCCAAGGUGACUGGCAAGGACAUCCAGGCCGAUCGAAUCGUGCGCGACGUGAAUUUGGGGUACGAGGCCAAGCGAGACGUGUACAGCGCGUACGAUCCCAAACAGUACAUGGAGGUGGUGGAGGAAUACAACAUGAUGGAAGAGGCUCGAAAGGCAUUACAGGGAGGAGACAAGAAGUCGCCAGACGGGGAGGGAGGAGAGGGUGCCGAGGACGACAAGUCGGGCUUUAAGUACGACGAGGAGUCGGAUAUGGGACGCGAUCGCGCUACGACAAAGCAAUCCAUGCGUAUUCGCGAGGACACGGCGAAGUACCUACUUAACUUGGAUUCAGACUCGGCCAAAUACAACCCCAAGAAGCGCGCCCUUGUCGACGCCGGCGCUAUAGCCGACAAGUCAGCCGCCUUGUUCGCUGAGGAGAGUUUCCUUCGUGCUUCUGGCGAAGCAGCGGAAUUCGAAAAGGCCCAGCGUUAUGCAUGGGAGGCACAAGAGCGCUCGGGCGAUACCAGCCUGCAUUUACAAGCCAACCCGACUGCUGGUGAAAUCCUACGCAAGAAGGAAUCCGAGGAGCGCGAGGCCAAGCGGAGGAAGAGGGUCGAAGAGUUGGCGAGCCAAUAUGGCACAAACCCUGUCAUUCCAGACGCACUUCGGGAAACGAUUAAGGAGAACGAAGCCUUUGUGGAGUAUGACGAGGCCGGCCUGAUCAAGGGGGCACCGAAGAAGGUCGGCAAGUCCAAGUAUCCCGAGGACGUCUACAUCAACAAUCACACAUCGGUUUGGGGCAGUUGGUGGUCGGACUUAAGAUGGGGCUACGCUUGCUGUCAUCAGUUUGUGAAGAAUAGUUACUGCACCGGGGAGGCAGGUAUAGCAGCAAGCGAGAAGGCAGAUGCUUGGGACAAGUAA